AUGUCUCCAGCUCCAGACUUCAAAAGGUGGCCCCGGGCCGUCAGGAUGAAGAGGUGGCUGGACUGGGCAAAGUCCCAGAAACUGCCCGUGUUCAGGCAGUAUCCGGACAAGUCGGCAAGAGUCGAUAAGGAACUCAAAGCAGUCUUCUGGGACUUUGAUAGGACGGAUCUUCCUCUCCUUACGGAGCAAGAGUGCUGGGAACGCAUGUACUCUGCACUCCGGCAUCCCGUAUCCAACCCCAACGAGCAUUACUAUAUCAAGGUCCUCAACGCUGUCGACUGCGAAGUGUCCCGGAUCCUAAACCAUGGAAGCAUGCACCAGACGCUCGUCGAGCUGGCGAGAGAGGCUGGCUUUGACGCGCGUAAAUGCUGCGACCCGUCGCUCUCGAAGGAGCAAAGAAAAUAUGAGCCUCCGAAAGGACCUCGGCAGAUGAGCAGUGCUGGCAUACGCAUGAGGGACAAUCUGGGGGCGUUCCAUCGCGGGCAAAUUGAUCUGGAGGGACCGCUCAACUUCGCGGCUGUUUCCGAGUUCCUGCUGCAACAGAACGCCCUUAAGGAGAAGAACGAGGCUGCAGCUGCUCGUACUACUCCUAACAGCGCCGUCGCGCGCUUUACGGGAAAUAGAGGCGGCUCAGAUCGAUAUGGGAGCCAGCCCUCCUUUGGAGGCUCCAGAACUGAGCCAAAGGCAUUGGCAAAGAAUGCCAUGGUGAACGAGAACGCUCGCUUGGAAUGGAGCAAGCUGUCCUUGUCGAUCCAAGACUCAGAAGUCGCUGAAGGACUGUCUUCCGAGAGAACAACUGGGAACCCCACAGAUCAAGCGGCACAGCUGAUGUCCAACGAACCAGUAGAUUCGAAGACAUCCUUCAACGGCUUUGUUAUUCCAAAGAGACAGCGCGGCGGCAGCGUUCAACAAGAGGGAGCGAUACCCGCUGCGAGACCAGAGUCGAGAUCAGCAACGAGCACAGCCUCGUCAGGAGGGCUGUCUGGUUCCCAACCCUCCCUCUCGAAGCAGCCUCCUGUCCAGGCUCCCAUACAAACUCAAAGAACUUUGGAACGACAGGCUCGGCGAGAAUCGAGUGGCGUCCAGGCUGGCUCUCUACCCCAGCAUGGCGCAUUGGUCAGAAGUCCGAGCGAAGCAAAGGAAUCCGGGCUGUUGACGCCGUCAAACCUACCGUCACAAGCCUCCUCCAGUAAUACUCAGCAACGCGGCAGUCUGCCAGUCAAAACGGAGUCUCGAGAGCAAAGUGCUUCACUGGCAGAACACCAGACGGCGAGUCAAUCCGUUGUGGCUUCCACCCAGGCAAGCACGACCCAAGGGCAAGCCAUCACAGCUGCGAUGACGAAGAAGCUCGAUGCGACUAUCAACCAGAAUCUCUUGGAAGCUAUCCGAGGAGUCUACCGCAGCGUUCCCAAAUUAGUAGAGGGAAAGAUACGAGGAUGGCUUGACGGCCCAGAGUACCGUUCCAUGGGAUUCGCUGUCCUCCGGGACGUCGAAAACGAGACGACGAAGAUGGUCAGAAACUCUCUUAUAGCCAAGAUGAAGGCCAUGGAGCAGAUCGUUAAGGGCUCUGAGAACUCGCAUCAAGCGGAGUCAGUCCGGGAUACCAAGCGCAAGGCUGAUGAGAAGGAUGCAGAAGGAGGUGAUCAAAGCCAACAGGCUGCGAAGCGGCAGCGGAGCGACGGUGGUGGCAGUGGUUGUACUGCAUAA